AUGUCAUUAGCAUUGUUACCUACAAAUGAACUUAAUAAUUCAAUGGAAUUAAUUAUUGAUACAUUAAGUAAUAUAGAUGAUAAAUAUAUAAAAUUAACUGAUGAUGUAAUAACAACAUAUAUAUCCGAUCAAAAAUUUGAUGUUCAAUUUUGGAAUUUAUAUGAUACGAUUGAUCUUAUUGAAGCUAAACAACGAUAUGAAAUAACAAAAGAUAUUGAAAGUUAUAAACGUUCAACACGAAGAAAAGCUUAUUGA